AUUAUAGAUUGUGGGAUUUGGAGAAUUUAUUUAUGGCUUAUUCUUAAUUGUCAAGGAUUUUUCUCACCUUGGAAAGAAAAAAAAAAGCCAAAAAAAUAGGGCUCAUCAUCACCGUCCGAUCUCAACGGUGAUCGCCAGCGAUGACCUUGAUCGCGUUAGUCGCGGAUCUAAAUCGUUCAUCAUGGAAAGCUUGGAUCGAACGGUGCUGUGUUUCCGGAUCACUGAUGGUCCCUCAGUCCGCCGGCUCUGGAUAAGUUAUCUCUAGACGGCGGAUCACGUGGUGGAGGUAAUCGCAGCGGCCGUCUCGGCGAGCAAAUUAGGGUUUCUUCGACGCCCCCAAUCCCACAUGGAAGGAGAUUGAACUCCCCAAAAAUUCUUCAAGAUCGAGCGCAGCCGCGUACGGAUCCGAGUGGAAUCCUCUAUUGUUACGCAAAUCUCUGUCUUCUUUGGCUGAGAUUUGGUGAUAUUAUUGCUUUUGUGGCUGUGAAGCUUGAUGGAGAGCAUCGGAACUCUCAACCCUUCCAUGGAGUUCGAUAACUCUCAAGAAGGUGAGCUCGAACCCCUGAUCCAAAUCCAACCCCGAGAAUGUGAUCUCGACCAGCCCAUCGCCGUCGACCCCCUGCACCACGAUUCCAUCGCCGUUCUCCUCGCUAACCAGCCGGAAGACUGUCCGGUCUCCGGAGAAGGGCGGGAGCUGGUGGCCGCCGCCGCGGUGGAAAUGGAGGCCGUGGCCGAGGUGGCCUGUGGCGAUCUCCAUGAGCCAGCCAUGGGAAUGGAGUUCGACUCCCCGGACGCUGCCAGGGCCUUCUACUCCGGUUACGCCGAGCGCGUCGGCUUUCGGAUUCGCAACAGCAAAUCCUUCACCUCCCGGGUCGACGACACCGUGAUCAUGAGGCGCUUCGUCUGCUCAAAGCAGGGCCGGCCAACGAAGAAGGACCCCUUCGACCUCACCAAGAAGCGGCGCAACCGCACCUCCUCCCGCGAGGGCUGCAACGCCAUGCUCCAGGUCAACCGUCGUGAGAACGGCCGGUGGGCCAUCUCAAGGUGUGUGCUUGACCAUUGCCAUCCCCUCGGCGUCAUCACUAAGCAAUCGCCUGCUGUCCAGAAGAAGCUAGCCAAGAAGCCUUGGGAGCUUCUUGUCUCCCCCGCCACAGAGCCACAGCAGAGUGGGCUAGGUCCUGGUGGUGGCGUGGCACAGAGCCUCCUGGAGUACUUCAAACGGAUGCAGGCAGAGAAUCCUGCUUUCUUUUAUGCAAUACAAGUUGACCGGAAUAAUUGUGUCUCGAAUGUGUUCUGGGCUGACGCCCGAGCAAGGAUGGCAUAUAGCUAUUUUGGUGAUGCAGUUGUUUUUGACAUGACCUGUAAGAAGAACAAGCGCAUGGUGCCUUUUGCAACUUUUACUGGAUUUAACCACCAUAGGCAGCUUAUUGUGUUCGGUUGUGCAUUUAUGACGGAUGAGAGUGAGGCUUCUUUCACUUGGCUAUUUGAGACAUGGCUUGGAUUGAUGAGCGGACGUCGGCCGGUGUCUUUCAUCACUGCCUAUAAUGAGUCCAUGGCGGUGGCUGCAAGCAAAGUGUUCCUGAAUGUUCGGCAUAGGUUCUGCAAGAGGGACAUUUUUGGCAAGUGCAAGGAUAAGCUUUCAGGUGUCUAUUUGAUACAUCCUUCAUUUAAGGCUGAGUUUAAGAAAUGUGUGAAUGAAUGUGAAAGUGUCGAAGAAUUUGAUUCCUGUUGGAGGUCACUAAUCGAUAGAUAUAAUUUGGAGGACAAUAUGUGGAUGCAAGCCCUUUAUGCAAUUCAGCAGAAAUGGAUUCCUCUGUUCUUUAGAGGAACAUUCUUUGGGGAAUUUUUUGGGACUCCAAAAUUGGAGACCAUGCACAAAUUUUUCCAGAGACACUCCAUCACAACGACCACUCUGCGUGAUCUAGUUUCUCAGUUUGAUAAAGCUAUGGCUGGGCAAUAUGAGAAGGAACUACAAUCAGACUUUGAUGCAAAUCAUACAAGGCCUGUUUUAAGGACUCCAUCACCGAUGGAAAAACAAGCAUCAGAAGUUUACACAAAAUCCAUAUUCGACUUAUUUCAGGAGGAAUUUGCAGGGUCGUCAGGAUUUUUAAAGGAGAAAGUUGCAGAUGGUGUUGAAUAUAUGUAUCGGGUGACUAAAAUUGAGGAUGACAGUAAAGCAUACAUGGUCACAUAUAAUGCUUCCAACAAGCACAUAACCUGUAGCUGUUUCAUGUUUGAGUUCUCAGGCGUCCUCUGUAGGCAUGUGUUAGGAGUGCUGAUAGUAGUUAAUGUUCUUACACUUCCAGAUGAUUAUAUCUUGAGAAGAUGGACGAAGAAUGCCAAGAGUAAUGGUUUAUCUUGUGAAGAUCGUGGUUUAUGUCAACGUAAUUCUCGAAAAGCUUUGGCUUGGAGGUGCAAUGAUCUCUGUCGUGAUGCCAUUAAGUUUGCAGAGGAAGGGGCUACCUCAGCAGUAAUAUAUAAAGUUGCAAAGGGCGCUUUGCAGAAGGCUUUUGCUGAAGUCUUAGCUACUAAGAAAGGUUCCUUCUUCAACAGACCAGUGAUUCCUUUACUAAUAAUCGAGUCUCACACCAGUAUUUGUAGAAAAGGAAACCAUCAUUAAGUUGGAAGAAGUGCAAUGCAGGAGCCACCAAAUGGUUGUUGAUGGAAACUAUAUCUCUUUGCCUCCUAAUGCAAAGUGGAAGAGGACUUGUGUACAUUGACUUUGCAUCUGAUUAUUUGAGUUGGUCAUCACAUGAGAAUUCAAGAGUAUGAAAGGGGUUUUGUGGCCUUUCAACAAGGUAAAGGGGAAAAAUGAGAGCAAGAUAACUCCUUGUCCUGACAGAUGACUUUGGGUCUUCUGGCCAUCUAUAAUUGUUGCAGUAUUUAAUGUUCAAAGCAGUGGCUUUCGACUGGAGUACAGGAGACAGUUAUCAUAUAUCAUCCAGUGUAUUCUUUGUAUUAUAUUUGAUGCUUGGUCUGAAUUUUAAUAUUGUGGAACCCUUGGUUCAUUUGUAGACCUACUUUACAUGAUAUGAAUCUUGUGCAUGCUAGCUUAGUAGUCCUUUUGUUCAGGGUUCGGCAACUACGAUUAGGCAUGUGAGAAUAUCAAUUGAUAUUUCUACAACUUGUAUGUUGUCAUUAGGUGCAUAGCGAUUGUUGUUGCUUGACAACUGAGGGCAUUAAAGAAACAGUAGAUCUCAUCCUGAGAUUUGACCAACUGGUGAUCCUUCUGGUUCAGCUACAGGCAUAACAGUGAUGCACAAAUCUCAUCAUUAGAAGCAACUUCCAAAAGCUGUAGGAUGAUUGUCCAUCGUAUCAAAACGUGAUACCAAGGUAUUCAUGUCCAGUGCUAUUGGCUAGGUUCUGCUCAUGUAACAUAUAUUUAGGAGAUGACUUAAUUUAAUUAAUGGCAGUUUUGUCAAGCAUCAUUAACUUGUAUGGCCGCUUUUAGCUCGAUUGCUUAAGUAUCAUAUUGCUUUAAUAUUACUUGCUGCAGAUGUAUCCAUUCGGAUUUUUCUACAAGCAAAAUCCUAUAUGGAUUUGGUUUUUUGUAUUAUCUGAAAAUUACUAGUGAUGACACCUUUUUGUA